GACAGCUGAUCGCAAACGUCCGCACCGUCGCGACACGUCUUGGACGCCUCUCACCAUGUCGCCAAUCCAAGAGUCCGAAGACAAUCUCCUCCACGUCACACGCAUAUCGCAAUAUGUUCCUCUCCCACCCAUAAGCCUGCACGCUGCGCUCCCCGCCCUCAGCGCCGAAGUCUUUUCCCCGCUCCUCUUAACCUACUACCCACCCGCGAAGGGCGUCAUCCUCGCCUACGAAGACGUCUCUCUCUCCGCGCAGCCGCCGAAAACCUCCACCCACAAGUCAUCUCGCAAGCACGUCUCCUCUGCGCCCGACUCCGACGACGACGAACGCCGCGUCGAAGCCGAGGAAGGCGUCGUCCUCACGCGCUGCGUCGACGAGUACAUGGCGCCGUACGUCUGGGCCACCGCGUCCUUGCUCGUAUGGCGCCCCGCGCCCAACGCUUAUCUCGACGCUACCCUCACCCAUCAGGCGGGCACGCACAUCACGCUCGCGCACCUAAACACCUUCGCUAUCACCGUCAUGAAGGAGCAUCUGCCUGCGGACUGGACGUGGAAUGCGGCGCAGACGGGGAAGAAAAAGAAGGGGUUUGAUGGAAGGAUUGCUGAUGAGGGGGGUUGGUGGAUGGAUGGGGAGCUGAAUGAGGUGAAGAAGGGAACCAGCAUGCGGGUGAGGGUGAGGGAGUGGGAUGUUAGGGGUGGCAAGGGAAAGGGAGUGUUGAGGGUUGACGGAAGCUUGUUGAGUUUAGAGGAGGAGAGGGGGAGGGCGGCGAAGAAGGCGGGGAAGGCGGCACAGGGGAGGAGCGCGAGGGAGGCGGAAGGUAUGGAGGUGGAUUGAAGGCCAAGCGGGGAUGGGUGAUAUAACUGAUCAGUGGAUGUGCUGCGAGAACGCGGCAACGCUUGCACGAGGCUUCAACGACACUUCGGGUUAAAGGAGGUAAAGGGACGACGAGAUCGCCGUGCGAAGCACUCGUGGGGAGGCAUGUUGAUUGUGGAAAGGGUGAAGGGAAAAGCAUCAGCAUAGGCGCAUGAGUUGGAGUCAGUGUUUGGGGUAUAUAUCUAUCUACGCCGAUGAGCUCGCUUCUGGCGCGAGCUGAUGCGUUGCUUCACUUCAAUCUCAUGAACAGUGGAUUAC